AUGGACCCGAGCUGGCCGGCCUCCCCAGCGGGCGGCCCGGGCCCCGACCCAGAGCCCGGUGGGCCCGGAGCGCCCGCCGCCCCCGCCCCGCGCCCUGGGCUCGGCCUGCAGGACCUCGCGGCCGGCGCGGAUGCUGGGCGAGCUCCGGGGCGGGAGCGGCAGCCGCAGCGCUCGAGCCGGGACUCCGACCCCGACCCGCCGCUGCCGGAACUCGGCCCGCUCUUUUCCUGGACGACGGAGCAGGCGGGUGACGGCCCCCCGCACAGCGCGUCUGUCCGCGCGCAGGACUUCAGCCGCAGCCAUCACCUGAGGGGCGAGGUCGACUUCUUUCCUUCCUUCGCGUCCCCCGCGGUGGGCGAGCCGGUCCUGGAGCUGGGUCCCGGGGACCCGGACCGGCCCUCGGACUUUAACCAGACCCGCCCCCUAACGAGCGAGCCCGCGGGGUGUCCGGAGGACGGCCCCCGCCUCCGAGCCGUAUUCGAUGCCCUGGACGGGGAUGGGGACGGCUUCGUCCGCAUCGAAGACUUCGUCCAGUUCGCCACCGUCUAUGGGGCAGAACAGGUGAAGGACUUAACGAGGUACUUGGAUCCCAGUGGGCUCGGCGUGAUUAGUUUCGAAGACUUCUACCGAGGGAUCACAGCGAUCAGAAAUGGAGAUCUCGAUGGCCAGCUCUGCAGCGUCACGCCUGCCCCCGACGAGGAGCCGCCAGCCUGCCCUGAGGAGUUCGAUGACUUCGUUACCUUUGAGGCCAACGAGGUGACAGACAGCGCAUACAUGGGCUCCGAGAGUACCUACAGUGAGUGUGAGACCUUCACGGAUGAGGACACAGGCACCCUGGUGCCCCCCGAAUGCCUGGACGCCACGGAGGAGCCCGGCCACGGUGCCCUGCUGCUGCUCCCGGGCAGGUCCCACCUGCACAGCCAGUCGGUCGUCACGGUAAUAGGAGGCGAGGAACAUUUCGAGGACUAUGGUGAGGGCAGUGAGGCGGAGCUGUCCCCAGAGACCCUCUGCAACGGGGAACACGGCUGCAGAGACCCCGUCUUCCUCACCCCCAGUCCAUCGAAGCGGCUCUCCAGCAAGAAGGUGGCAAGGCACCUGCAUCAGUCAGGGGCCCUGACCAUGGAGGCCCUGCAGGACCCUCCCCCAGACCCUGUGGAGGGCAUGGAAGAGGACAUUGCUGACAAGGUUGUCUUCCUGGAGAAGCGAGUGUCAGAGCUGGAAAAGGACACGGCUGCCAACGGGGAGCAGCACAGCCGGCUGAGGCAGGAGAACCUCCAGCUGGUGCACAGAGCCAACGCCCUGGAGGAGCAGCUCAAGGAGCAGGAGCUGAGAGCCUGCGAGAUGGUCCUGGAGGAGACACGCAAGCAGAAGGAGCUCCUGUGCAAGAUGGAGCGAGAGAAGAGCAUCGAGAUCGAGAACCUGCAGGCCAGGCUGCAGCAGCUGGACGAGGAGAACAGUGAGCUGAGGUCCUGUAUGCCCUGCCUGAAGGCCAGCAUCGAGCGCUUGGAGGAGGAGAAGCAGAAGCUGCUGGAUGAGAUUGAGGAGCUGUCUCUGCGGCUCAGUGAGGAACAGGAGAACAGGAGGAAGCUGGGGGACAGGCUGAGCCACGAGAGGCACCAGUUCCAGAGGGACAAGGAGGCGACCCAAGAGCUGAUCGAGGACCUGCGCAAGCAGCUGGAGCAUCUGCAGCUCUUCAAGCUGGAGGCCGAGCAGAGGAGGGGCCGCAGCAGCAGCGCAGGCCUGCAGGAGUACAACAGCCGCACGCGGGAGAGUGAGCUGGAGCAGGAGGUCCGGAGGCUGAAGCAGGACAACCGCAGCCUGAAGGAGCAGAAUGAUGAGCUCAACGGGCAGAUCAUCAACCUGAGCAUCCAGGGCGCCAAGAACCUCUUCUCCACGGCCUUCUCCGAGUCUCUAGCCGCAGAGAUCAGCUCCGUCUCCCGCGACGAGCUCAUGGAUGCCAUCCAGAAGCAGGAGGAGAUCAACUUCCGCCUGCAGGACUACAUCGACAGGAUCAUCGUGGCCAUCAUGGAGACCAACCCGUCCAUCCUGGAGGUCAAGUAG